AAAAAAAACUCCUCUUUCUCCUUUCUCCUUUUCUCUCCCUUCUCUCCUCCUUCUGCCCCUUCUCCAGAGCUGCGUUUGGUUUUGCUCGGAAGCCUUUGAGCUUUCGAGGUUUUGAUGCUUGAGUGGCUGGGCUUCCCGGCCGCUCAAGCAUGCUGGAGCCGCCCUGUGCUCCCUCCUCCGAUGACCCUUUCAGAUUUUGGGAGGUGCUCGCUGUUUUUCCAGUUAAGGCCACCGCCGGACUGGAUCUCUGCCGUGGCGUCCUGGAGAUCUUGUGCCAUCCUCUCCAGAGUAAAUUGAAGGGUGUCCCAUGGCUGGAUCGAUCGACCUCAGGUUGCUCGAGUGAUUUCAUCUCCCUUCCUCCCACGCACCGGGCCUACUCUGCUUUACUUCUCCAGUUUGUUUUUUUCUUUGGUUGUUACCCUUAUCCUUUUGGAUAAGGACUGGUUGUAGAUGCCGUAUGACAGUUUCCUAAUGCAUUGCUAAUACCUUUUUCUCAAAAAAUAGCAUGACUAAAAAAAAUCAGAUUUU